UUCUGUAGUUCUAAAAUUGUUUUACUCCUCCUUGUCCCCAAUCCUUCGUCACCGCAGCAGUUCCGUCAAUCGCGGAACGGACGUGACACGGGCCACUAUGCGAAACGUCCACGGGUCGCUUCCGGUGCCAGCCGUGGUCUUGCUCGUGUGCUGGCUGCUCGUGGCGGGCGCUGCCUCGGCGUCCUCAACGAAGCGCCGUGACGACGCAGACGAGCUGUUGUCCUCGGCGGUCCGCGCUGCUGGCGGAGACGCUGUGGACACGCUGACCACGCUCGAUUGCCACCGGCGCGAGUACUCGUUCCGGGCAGUACGUACCGACGCCAACGGGAACCGCUGUUGGGACGACGUCACCGCCAUGUCCUGCUGGGGACGAUGCGACUCCGGAGAGAUUGCCGACUGGCGGUUCCCGUACAAGAAGUCCUUCCACCCGGUCUGCACGUACGGCUCGCGGAAGCUGGUGCGCGCGCAGCUGCGCUUCUGCGACCCCGAGGACCUCGACGAAAGGGACGAGCUGCGCUCGUACGAGUACUACGAGGCGCUCAGCUGCUCGUGCCAGGUUUGCGACUCCACCUGGACCAGCUGCGAGGGCUUCAGGCAUCCCUAGACUCUGCCGGCGGUGGACAACCGACAGCAGCCUCCUCCCACGGGCCCUAAAGAAGAGGCGCGCUGGGGCCUGGGACUGCACCGGACGCUCGGCAAGACGCUGCUAUCCUUCUGAGAGAGGAGGUCGUCACCCUCACCACGCCCGGACAGAGAAAGACGGACUGAUCUAGCUCACUUUCUGCGGUGAAAAACGCUUUGAGUGGCGAGGAAUCCGAGGCUGCAUUCUCGAAGCGAUCA